AUGGACAUCUUUCGCCAAGUCGAUGACUUCCUCAUGGAGGAAGAGGACGAGACAGACGAUCCGCUUCCCCUCUUCCCCCAGAUGAAGGCCCCGGCCGCUCCUGAGCCGCCGUCACCUCCGCCUGGGCCUUCUCUUGCGUCUUCCGCUCAAAGCGACGCGUCCUCUCCAGUUUCUCCGCCCCAGUCUUCUCCUUCGUCUGCGUCUUUGUCUGAGGAAAAAGGCUUCCGUUUUGGGCGACUCGCCGCCGGCGCAGCCAGCAGCUGGCUGGGUGUGCAGGGGCGUUCCGACGACGGCGAACCGCAGACUCAGAAGAACUCGUGGAUGAACUUCAGCGUCUCAGCUGUGACGGAGCAUCUGUAUGGAGGCAAAGAGACGGAAAAUGCAGAGCCUUCGCAAAGCUGGAUGAAUCUCGGCGGCGUCACUGCCGUCGCAGAACGCGUGGCGGCUGCGGCGAGUCGAGCGGCCCCUGCAGCCGCUGCCAAUGCGGCUCCUGUCGCCUCAGAAGGGAUGAAGUGGGGCAUGGGCGUGUUGAAGGACACAUUUUCGUCUCUCCAAAAAGAACUGCUUUCCGUCGAGGAGCCUGAGGAAGGGACAGAGAGGACAGAGGGCGAGGACGGCGCCGUCGAGGCGUCCGCAGGUUUCGGUGAGCAGACGGAAGGAGACAGAGAGGGAACGGAACGCGAACGAAGGCAAAUCAGUGGAUCUCUCUUUCUGAGGAAGAGCGACGAACAAGACCGAGGUGACUCUCCAGUCAGUCGAUCGUCGCAUGCAGCUGUCGAAGCCGCAACGGCCGCUGCCGCUCGGGCAGCCGCUGCUCUCUCAGCUCGUUUCGGGCGUCUGAGAGACCACGAAGACAGAGACGGUCAAGACGCGGAAGAAAGGCAAGAGAAAGAAGACGAGACAGAAGAAGAGAAAGAAAGAGAAGAAGGCAAACAACAAGGCAGACUAGAAGGCAGACUAGAAGGCAGAGAAAGCGACGAGAGAGCAUGGCAAACAGGGGAUCACGUGAGCAGAGGCGAUCCCACCUCGGCCGCUGUUCAAGGUUUUUGCUUCGAAGAGAGUGUUGGAGACGGACAGCGAUUGGAAGGCCGAGAGAAAAAGGACAGAGAGGACGGGUGCCAGCCUCCCUCGGCGUGGGAUGAUGAUUUCACUCUCUCGGACGAAGAAGCGUGCAAAGGGUCGUGGCCUUCAGCAGGACUCGCUGGCGAGGACCGCGUCGAUCAAGAGACGGAAGGAAAGGCCGAGCGAGAACGCCACAGGGAUUCCGGGCCAAAUGCAGAGAGACAAGACGCGAGGGGCUGUCAGCUGGAAACGGGAGAGGAUGUGGGGGACGCGUCUACGCCUCAGGGAGCGGAAGCAACGCUGGCGGGCCCGAGGGGUCCGUUUGACGAGGAACCAGAGGGCGACGGUGGAGGUUCAAAUCCCCAUCUUCUUCCUUCUCCCGUCUCUUCUCUCCACACGUCUUCUCUCCACACGUCUCCUCUCCACACGUCUUCUCUCCCCACGUCUUCUCUUUUCAGGGAUCGCGGAGCGGAAUCUGUUUCUGUUCCCUCGAAAUCUGUCUCUUCUGCUUCGCAGCCCGUCGGUCUCUCUUCGCCUGCACAUGCUCCCGUCUCGUGUCUUUCCUGUCCGGUCCCUUCCUCUGACGCGUCUUCGCUCCGGUCGUCGGACGCGUCUCCGUCGUCUGGGCCUUCUCUCUCUCAGCCGCUGUCGGCUGUCUCUCGCACUGUCUCCUCGCCGUUCUGUGCGCCACCAUGCGGGCUAGACUGUGGAGACACGGGCGUCUGGAGGAGCCAAGGCGAGACGCAGGAGGAGGCAGAGUGGCGAGAGCAGGAAGCACAGAGGGACGGACGGCGAGAAGGCGACUCGUUCCGCAGCUGGGAGGCCCUCGACUCGGUUCAUGUGACGCCGUCCUCGCACGGUGUGCCUACAGGGGAAACGAGUAGCAACGCGCGCAGCCAGCACAGUCCGGCGGACUCCGCUUCACCUUUCGAUGGAUCUUUCACGUCGACGACUCUUUCCCAGCCUUUGGCUCCUCUUUCGGCGAGCCGGUAUGACGCGUUUUUUACGCAGACUGAAGCCGCGUCUGCUUCGCCGGCAGGGCCGAGCGCGUCGGGCUCUCGUGAUCCCUCGGAGCAAGUGAAGGAAGACUGUGAACAGUCGCUUUCGCAUCCUGAUUCUGUCGCGUCUCCUGAUCUCUCUGUACCCUCCUGUUCGUUUCCAGUCUCUGACGCGUCGUCUGGGCUUCCGUCUUUGGUCUCUGCUCCGCUGUCUGGGGCGCCCGGCUCUCUCCCACUCUCCUCGGGUGUCUCUUCACUUCCGGAUCGAUGCGUCGGUUCCCCGAGGGACGAGGCGCUGUGCCUUGCCGCGUCGCCGAGGGUGGAGCGGUUGCUCGGCGAUUCUCAGUUAGCAGAGAAGGCGCUCCACGAACUCGAAGGGUGUGCAGAAUCCGUCGCAAGUCCGCGGGGCCUUUCCACGGCACCUCCAGUGUCUUUGAAGGCGCUCCUGCCUGCAAACAACAGUCCGGAUUCAGGUGUCUGUACAGCUGAAUUCCCGGCGGGUUCGGGCCGGCCGAGUUCGCGAGGCGCGUCUUCCGACGACGCCCAGGAGCGACAGCCUGAAGGUGGGCGUACACCGGUCGGGGCCGCUGCUCAACUUUCUCCCGUUUCUUCCGGAUGGUCGGCACUCGGUGUAAACGGGUCGCGCGACGAAACUCUCGGUGAGAGGGAGAAGAACGGCUUCGCACCUCGAGGCGCACUCGAGGAGCGCGCAGAAGAGCGCCGAGAGUCAACGCCCGGCAGUCUUGACAGCGGAGACGAGCGAUCGAGUGCUCGUACGCGCGAACGAGAAGCGUCAGUGGAGAAGGACGGAGAGGGAGAGAGGCGAGAUUCGGGGAGUCUCGCAGACGUGCUGGAACGCGAGAGAGAGACUGACUGGACAGGAGACGCGAUUCGUCUCGAAACAGAGCUGGAGGAGCGGGCCAGCCAGGAACUCGAGAGUGAAGACAAGACCGGAAACGGGUCCAGAGGAGACUGCGAUAAAUUGGGCGACAGUGAAGGGCGUUUCAACCCCCCCGAUCCUUCUCUCCCGUCUGGGCCAAGUACCUCGUCGACUGGUGAAGAGGAUGCCGCGCGCCAGGACGUCCUUCUGCGAUCUGCGGUCGCCGCGGUUGUCACCACUGGCGAGAACGAAAGGGACUUGGCUAGCCGACGCAACAGCGAAAGCAGUGCGAGUCGGGGGGGAGGUUCGCCGCUUCAGACUCAGGACAGGAAACCUUCCGGGUCGGUGGCUGGCUGGAAACCGGAGGAGAAAGUCUCCAGAACGGGGGGAGCCUUCCGAGACGAUUCGAACGCGUGUGGAUCUAAAAUCGAGUCGGACCAUCCGCAGAGUGAGGCGAGCAGCGGCCAACCGACGCCGUCGAUGUACGUGCGCCUGCAGAGGCAAAUUCAGCAGAAAGAGGCAUACGCGGCCGAGUUGGAGUCUCGCCUCGAGGCGAAGGAGACGGAGGUGGAGAGUCUGCGAGUCGCGCUGGAGCGCGAGAAGAAAGAGAACGAGGAAGCACGCGAGCGGGAACAGCAACGAGAGAGAGACCGCGAGAAGCUGGGCCUCCAGAGAGAAGUGGAAGCGCAGCUGGAGAGCGUGAAGCGUCUGGAAGAGGAGCUCGCGCGUUUGCGCGCCAAGGAGGCGGAGUGGAUCGCGGAGGUGGACAAGAGAGACGCCACGAUCGUCGCGCAGAGGCGGCGUGAACAGGAGUUGAGCGAGGAAGUGAGGAAGCGCGAAGAGGCGCUCGUUUUGCAGGAGGCGCAGGUACAGCAUUUCCGAGAAGAGACGGAGAGGGAACGGCUGGCGGCGGAGAAACGGAAGGAGGAGCGGGAGAUCGAGGCAGACCGCGAGUUCAGCAACCGCCUGCAGGCGCUGCUGGAGGAGGAGACAAAGAAUCUGAAGCAGCAACUCGAGGUCGAGGCACAGCUCCACGAGAGGAAGUGCCGCGAGUACGAAGAAGAACUGCGCGCCAAGACGGCAGAACUGGAGACUGUCGCAUCGCGAGGCGCCGCCCUCGCGGCCGCGUUCGACAAAGAGAGAACUGACUUGGUCCAGCAACUGGUUGCGGCACGCGAAAAGCGAGAAGAAGAAGACAGCCGAUUCCAGAAAGCGCAGGCGCAACUCGGCGAGCUCCAGGCCUCCCUUGACAUGCGAACGAAGUCUCUGGAAGAGGAACAGGAACGUCGUCAGGCGCUAGAACGCACCCUCGCGACUCGAGAGAUGGAAGCUGACGAAGCAAGUCUCGCGCUUCACGAGGCGACGGAGCGCAUCGCCGAGCUGUCGACGCAGGCCUCCGAAGCGCGAGACGCGCAGGCGCAGUUGCGUGCAUGCGUCGAGCGGCUGCAAGCUCUGCACGCCCGCGUGCUUGAAGCUGAGCGGGAGGCAUCGAAGCUUCGCGCGGCGCUGGCGGAGGGCGAGGCGAAGCAUGCGUGCGAGCUAGAGGAACUGAGGCGGGAGAGACGCCUGGAGGAAGAGCGUCUGUCGCGGCAACUCCUCGCAGCCUCUUCAACGGCCGAAUGGAGGAAAGCCCAGGACGAGUGGCGAGCGGAAAAAACGGAAAUAGAGCGAGAACGCGAUGCUGCCGUCGCUGCGCACGACACCACCAAGGGAGAACUUCACCAACUUUCUCAACAAUACGCCGCUCUGGCGUCGGAGCUCGUCAACAAACAGAAGGAGGUGGAUGCGCUGAAGGUUUCCUCGCGUCGCGGCAGCGCUCUCUCCGCUGCUCAUUCUUCGGGUGUCUCGACUGCCGACAGGCCGGUCCGGGGAGAUGAAGAGAACGAAGAGAUUCCAGAGACGAGAAUGAGGAGAGAAGAGGAUGAGCAGCACCACCUCGCGCAGCUUCUCGCGGCGAACGUCGAGAACAGUCGCCUCCAAAGGGAACUGCAAGCGCUCCAGGAGGAGGUGAAGGAAAUGAAGGACGAGCGAGUGAAUAUGCAGGAGGCGUUGAAGAAAGUCGAGGAGCAAAAGGGGAAGGCGGAAACUGCCAUCGCCAGUCUCAAGGCCGAGCUGGAGGCCGCGACCGCAGCGCCUUCGGCUCUCUCCGCACAGUCUUCUCUGUCUCACGGGCGACAGCUCGCGGAGACCGAGGCUCCCGACGGGCGGCGGUGGGAGGAGGAAGUUGCCUACUGGCAAGGCCAGAUUGCGGAGAAAGACAAGAAAAUCGCCCUCCUCACGAGCGAGCGAAACGCGCUGAGUUACCGGCUUCAAAUGAAAACCGUCGGAGGCGAAGCCGAGAAGAAGAAACCGGCGAAGGAGAAGCCAUCCAAGAGUGCGCAGUUUGCAGGCGAGAGAGAGCGCGAGAAGGGAACAGCUUCUUCGGCGUCCUCCGGAGAGCCGGGAACGGCCCGCGAUUUGGAGGCGGGUGAAGGUGGAGCAGAGGAGGAAGGCGUCGCAGGGGGACUUCGAGCCUCGCUUCGCACGAGAGAAGAAAGAGGCGGAAGCCUCAUGGCGGCUGCGCGUCGGGCAGGGAGAGCCGCUCGGCAUGUCAAACUCUACGCGAGAGCGAUCUGGGGCGACCUUCGAAGCGGUGUAGGAACACCUUGGCGUGCGAAGUCGUGGCAACCUGUCGACCGCCCUUUCAAGGACUUCAGCCGCGUCCUGGCGGACAGCGGCGCCCACCGACUCGCGUUUUAUCUGUACUUUGUGCUUCUCCACGUUCUUUUCUUUUUCCGGAUUUUCUUCCCUCUGGGAGCCGCGGCGCCUUGUCCAGGGCGUGUGUCGCCCGAGGGCCAAGCCGUUUUUGAUGCGGCACUGGGGCCUUCUCUGACUCCGCUGCCACCGUCUUAG